AUGGCUAGAGCAAAGAAUUCAAGUAGUAGAGUUGCUGGUGACGAAGACAGUGAUGUUACAAGUUCCACCAGCACAUCUGUUAGCUCAAUCACCAGGAGUACAUCUUGGAACAGCAGAAGAAAUGCCAACAACAAGCAGGAUGUCGCCCCUUUGAUCGAGGAUGUCGAUGAGCAAGAGGACGAAGUGGUGGAGGAGGAGGAGGAAGAAGAAGCUCCACAACCAAGGAGACGUGGCAGACCACCCAAGAAACCAGCCGCCUCUGCACCAUCGGCCAAGAAACCAGCCGCCAAGAGACAGUCCAGAAAAGCGGUCGAGCAACCUUUGGAGGAGGAAGAGGAGGAAGAGGAGGAAGCACAAGAGAUGAACGAAGAAGUAGUCGCUGACGACGAUGACUAUUUCGAGGACAGCGAGGAGGAUGAUGCGGACACUCAUUCAAUGCCACCAUACGAGGAAGUGUUUUACCGACGUGGUCGCGGUCAUGCAAAGAACGAUGAUGAUCUGGCAUAUAUGGACCCUGCGAAUCGAAAGGUGUCCACACUGCAAUAUGCCGAUCAGGCUGAGCACUACACAAACGACAUGCUGGAGCAAUUGUCGCGAAGCAUCCGACGUCAACCAAGUCUAGCCGACAAAUGCUAUGCGUUCCUACACGCUGGCAUCCCCAAUCGCAUUCGACAGCAGUGGAUCAGCAUCAUUGUCAGUCUCUUGUUGGCACUCUUCAUCUUGGCCACCAUCGUACUGUGUCCUCUGCCCCAUCUACACCAGGUGGACAUCAGUCCACGAGCAAACAACGUGGAGAAGGACCAAGUGGUGCCACCCAUGUUUGACGCUACAUUCGACCUGCCCAUCACACAACACAAUCACACAUCGUUCAAGGAGAACUGGGCUCGCUUCGCCAUCGUCGGCACCUCAAACCACUUGUGUGGCCGCUACAGCUCCCAACCCAUCUUGGAUGCCAUGCUCCCCGGCGAUGAAAUGCGCAACAUGCGUUUGUUUGGCUCGGCCGUACUCUCUGGCCUGAUAUUGUUCAUCAUCUGGUUGAUAUCUGUGCGAUUGGAGGAGCGCGACAUCAUCCUCGGAUCGAGCGCACUUGUUCAAGGAUUGUAUGCCUUCUUCACCAUCGUCAUCAUACCAGUGGCCAGCGCAGCCUUCUUGGGCUCGGUCAUUGUCUACAUGACCGAGGACUCAUUCCUCCAGAGAACCCCAGCACCUGUCUCACCCAACGACACACUUCGAUGUGUAACCCGCGUCACUGGAAUCAACCAGGAGCUGGCCACUUUUGCACCAAUCCGUGAGUUGGUGGUCGGUGCCGCUUGUCUGGCGGUGCGCUUCACCACCAAGUUCUGUCGUUUGCCAAUAGAGGCUCUGUCCCUGCAUCACCCAACGGGCCUCUCUGACAAGUCAAUGAACACCAUUUCACUGAUGUGGCGCUUCCUUGUUGGCAUUGCCUGCUACAACUUCCUCAGUCUGGUGCGAGCCAUCUAUCGCGUGUUCAGAGACAACAACAGACUGGCAUCGGACCGUACCAGGACAGCACAACACGAGAAGGGUCUUCUUGUCAGUCCAGCCUAUCUGCCCGAGGUGAUAGUCACACAGAACUUCUUUGCCACAAUGAUCUUGCUCCUGGUGGCAUUCUUUUUGUGGAUCGUCGGUGUGCCCUUCUGGAGAGUGCACGAGGGAGAAGUGUUCUACGUAUUCCUGGCACUGGUUCCAGUGCUCAAUGCCAUCCACAGCAUCCUGCUGAUCAACAGAAAGAAGAGGACCAUUCCAUUCGCUCCAAAGCACUACUCAAAGAAGAGCAAGUAUAUGCCAGUGGAGGAUACCCCAUCCUCGUCCACGUCCAACCAUCAUGAUCAUCUGCACGAUGUAGAGUUUGAUUGA